GCGAUUAAUCGGAGUGAAUGUUUUUUGCUUUAAAGUUUAACAUGAUCUUCGAAUAUAAUUCUUUAGCUAAUGUGUUCACAGCCAUAUUCGAGUAUGCAGGCCAUCGAGGCAAAAGAUGGGAAUUUUUGGCGGCAAACCCAAUGUGGCGUCAGGUAGCAGUAGCACCUCAGCUUCAAGGGUUGUUUCAGAUUCAGAAGACUCAGACAUUUGGUCAGAAAAGUCGGCUUCUUGUUCUACACGUUCUACUUCUAGUAUAUAGAUCAUGAGUUGUUUUGGAGGACGUAUGAAAGAGUAUGACAGAGUGUCAUUGGAUAGAUUUGAUAGCAAAAAUUUGCAGUCAACAGUUUACCUUUUGUCUCAUUUACAUGAGGAUCACACAGUUGGAUUGGGGGAGCCAUUAUUCUUUCGUCGACUAAAAUCUAACACUGGAGUGUUUUUGUAUUGUUCUGAAGUAACAGAAGCCCUCCUGCUAGCAAGUCGAAAGUAUUGCCAUCUGAAGCCAUACAUUAAAUGUCUGCCAAUCAACACACCAACAACAAUAGAAAUACCAGAACCACUAUAUGACCAUAAUGAAUGCAUCACAGUCACCCUGCUUCCUGCCUUUCACUGUCCAGGAAGUGUCAUGUUUCUGUUGGAAGGCAAGGAAGGUACUGUGCUGUACACGGGAGAUUUUCGCUGGGAGCAUUUUGAUAUUGAGCAAAUGGUCCAUCUUCGUUCUGGAGAAGGAGUCAAGAAAAUAAAAAGCCUAUACGUAGAUACGACCUUUCUAUCCCCGACCUCACUGCACAUUCCCAGUCGGGCUCAGUGUAUUGAUGCAGUGACCGAGGCGGUGCGAGAGUGGACCUCCAAGAGUCCCGGCCAUGUGGUGUACAUGAACCUGCGCGCACAGUACGGACAUGAGCCCCUGCUCACAAAUGUGGCUACCAGGCUGAAUAGGAAGGUGCAUGUGAGGCAGCAGAAGUUUGACGUGUAUAACACCAUUCAGGAAACGGACGGGCAUUUCACAGAUGACGGACGCAGCACACAGUUACAUGCCUGUGACAAAUAUUGCACAUUGGGAGACGAUGAGAACUGCGUAGAAUUCUGUAAAGACCAGCAUGACGCAGACAAGGUUCUAGUGAUUCUACCCACGACGAUGUACUUCACGCAGUUCAAGAAUGUCUCUCUUGACAUGAUCGUGAAAAAGAUGGGAGACAACUUCUACCGCGCUUGCUACUCGUUCCACUCCUCGUACACAGAGGUGGCAGAGUUACUAGCGUAUCUGAAGCCAGAUGCUGCCUAUGCUAAUGUGAAAGCCCCAAGUGAUUUGUCGUUGGCAGAGACUCAAGCAAGGCUGAAUGCAUUACUGGAGUCCUGCUGCAAACCAUCUAAAGGGAGCGAUGUUGGAUGGCAGAACAUUUAUAGCCGGGAACCAGGAGGCGGGGACAAUGAGGGCCAGGAAGUGGGAACCAGGGCACUGGGCACGCUCAGAACACGAGCAACUCAGAAGAGAAAACCUAGAGUGUCUACAAGUGAUGUCGAGAGCUUAGACUUCGGGUCCCCGGCCAAGCAACAGAAAACUGCUGCCAGCUCCUCGCAGGGGAGCCCGUCUAGUAUGAGACAGACCAGGGGUCGGGGGAGGGGCCGAUCCCAGGCUAGCACACCGCCUGCGGUCGCGACCAGACGCAGCACGCGCCAAUCAGCGAAGACCAUUGGUCAGGAGGAGACACAGGUAACACCAACUAAAGAAGUGAAGGCGAGGCCAGAAACGCCGGUGUCCAGGCAAGACUCCAGUGAGCCACACUCGUCCGAUGGUAGCCCCCAAAGCGACAGCGAGCUGGAUCUGGUGUCCAGCCAGACAAGUGGUGACAGUUCACAGACUAGCAGCCAUGAAGCACGCAGCUGGGCUGGCGGCAGUUUCCUAGCGGCUGUUAGCUCUUACAGCGAUGAUGAUGAUGAGCAGACAGGCAGAGUGUGUCUCCUUGACGACGAUGAGCAUUGUGACGACACAUACCAGGAUGUGAGCCAGGUGGAGGGCGUGGUUAGUGACGAGGAGGAGGGGCUGACUCUAGAUGACAUCAUUGCCUCAAGCUCUGUUGAAAAACAUGGAAGAUCAAGUUCAAGUGAUAUGAAACUUCCUGCAGAAGAACAAACAAAGCCAUUGGAGGAUAAGAAACCCUCCAAAUCUGACAGUGGUGAUACGGUUGAAAAUGACCUUGAAAAGGUUGAAGAUGACCUUAAAAAGGUUGGGGAUGACCAUGAAAAAGUUGCAGAUGAUCUUGAAAAGGUUAAUGAUGACCUUGAAAUGGUUGAUGACCUUGACAAGGCUGAAGAUGACCUUAAAAAGGUUGAAAAUGACCUUAAAAAGGUUCCUGAUGAUCUUGACAAGGUUGAUGACCUUCACAAGGUUGAAAAUGACCUUAAAAAGGUUGGCCAUGACCGUGGAAAGAUUGAAGAUGACCUUGAAAAGAUGGAUGAUGACCUUGACAAAAUUGAAGAUGCCCUUGAAAAGGUUGAUGAUGAUUUUGAUAAGGUUAAUGACCUUGACAAGGUUGCAGAUAACCUUGAAAAGAUUGAAGAUGACCUUGAAAAUAUACAUGAGAACAAUGAAAUGCAGACAGACAAUGAAAUUUUGUUGAAAAAAGAAGAGGACAUUGUCGUUAUUGAUAUUGAUUCAAAUCAAUCUUUAAAAAACGAAAACAGUUGUGACUUGUUUAUAGAAUCGCAACCUGCAGCUUUGGACCAUGAUAUGGACUAUUCCAAAAUUUACCUCGACAAAAGAAGGGAAGCCAGUGGUGAUGGAAAUGCAAUGGGAAAUACAGUGUUAAAGGUGACUGAAACUCAAGAGACCAUUACCAUAAUAGAAUCGCAAGCAGCAGCUUUAGACAAUGAUAUGAAUUUUUCCAAAUUUGACAGCAACAAAAGAAGUGAAGCCAUUUGUGAUGGAAAUGCAAAGGGAAAUAAAGUGUUAAAGAUGACUGAAACUCAAGAGACCAUUACCAUUAUUGAAUCACAACCAGCAGCUUUAGACAAUGAUAUAAACCUUUCCAAUGUUGACAGCGAGGAAAGAAGUGAAGCCAUUGAUGAUGGAAAUACAAAGGAAAAUACAAUAAUAAAGGUGACUGAAACUCAAGAGACUAUUACCAAUGCUAAACCAGAAAGCCCCAGAGUGGCUGGCAGUGAAGAUGGAGUAAACAAACUAUCACAACAACCUGAACAUAAAACUCAUCGGCUUGAAGUUGAAAUCAAAGAACCGAGGGAUUCAAAUGAUGUUAAUAGGAAAAGAAAAGAAAGAAAUAUGGUUGACAACAAAGCAGUUACUGAUAAACAGGAGAAUGUAUCAAGGGACAAACGUCAUGAUGCCUACGAUCCAGCUUUUCCAACUCCGGAUUCUCCCAUAAGCGAGGAAAUUGUAAUCAUUGAUAGUGACACUGAGGAAGAGGAUGAAACAAUGGACACAUCUGAAGAUCAGUGUGAACCAAAAUGUCAAGAAGGGCAUGAGUCGCCGUCAUCAGAUGAAACCAAUUAUCAUGUGAGCAUCAACAGUAAAGAUCAAAGUCAAGAGUCAACGCAGGAGAGAAACAGUGACACUACCAAUGGUUUAGAUACAGACAAUUCAGACAUUUACUUAACAUUAGAAAACUCCCAAGAAAGCAUUGAACUUGUGGAAACAUGUGAUGCUCAGGGGCUCAAAAAAGACAUCAUAAUGACAACAGAACUGGAAAAUCAAACAGAUGAAACAAACAAAGCAAGCACUUCCAUUGUUUACGAAAAGCAAAUGAAAGACAACGUUAAUUGUUCAAGAGAAAAUGCAAAUAAAUCAGCUGUUGAUGAAUUAAGUAAAGACAUUGACAAAACUUGUAAUAAUGCAACUAGUCCAGAGGAACAUGCUGAAGAUCCAAAUAAAAGUGAUGCCAAAGAAAAGCAAAAGCUGCAAAUUGAUGAUGAUGUAAUUGAAAUUGUUGACUUAACUGGUGAUGAUUUUGGACCAGAUAAAGAAACCUUAAAACAGGUAAGCAAAGGUAGAAAGAAGCCAAUAAAGAUAUCUUUUGGGAAAAGUAACGAACAAAUAUUGAAAGAAAAACUUGAAAGAGAAAGCAAACGUAAAAGGCUUGAACAUGAUAGCAGUGAUUCAGAAUCAGACUCUGAGUGGCUCUCAUCUGCCAAAGGCAAUGAACACAGAUCAAAGAGACAGAGGCAGAAGAAACCCAAGAAAACAGAAAUGGAAUUAAAAGAGAUGGAAGAGAAAAAUGAAUUGAAAAGGCAAGCUAUGGGAUUUGUUUGUGAAACUGAUAGUGAUUCUGAAUUGGAGUCAUCUGAACCUGAGAGCCCAACAGGCAGUGUUUUGUAUGAUGAGUUUGUGGAAUUAAGUAGUGGUGAUGAUUCUGACAAAGAGGAUGGCAAUUCAAGCAAAGGACUACGUACAAGUAGAAAAAAUAGCCAGGGCGAAAUAUCAAAUGGUAAUAGAUCAUCGCAUGGAUCAAGUGGAGGUUGGUUGAAUACAAGUAGAGGAGGACGCCAAAGGGAAUGUGAACCUCAGAGAGAAGAUAAUAAUGAAAAUGCCGGAUUAUCAGAACAUUCUGAUACUUCAUCUGAAAAAAAUUCAGAGAAGAACAAUGAAUCUGGUGUUCUUAUUUCUGAAAAUCUUACUACAGGGGCUUUGUUUGAAAAUGACAAUACAGACAAUACUGGUGAUGUAAAUACAAAUAAAGAUAAUAAUGAAAAUGCUGGAUUAUCAGAACAUUCUGAUACUUCAUCUGAAAAAGAUUCAGAGAAGAACAAUGAAUCUGGUGUUCGUAUUUCUGAAAAUCUUACUACAGGGGCUUUGUUUGAAAAUGAGAAUACAGACAAUACUGGUGAGGAAAAUACAAAUAAAGAUAAUAAUGAAAAUUCUGGAUUAUCAAAACAUUCUGAUACUUCAUCUGAAAAAGAUUCAGAUAAGAACAAUAAAUCUGGUGUUCUUAUUUCCGGAAAUCUUACUACAGGAGCUUUGUUUGAAAACGAGAAUAUGUACAAUACUAGUGAGGUAAAUACAAAUAAUGAUGAUGUUGAUUGUUAUUCUAAGAAAGAUGACACAAGUAAGCCGACUAAGGAGCAAAUUUAUACAAGAGAGGGCAUUACUAAUAAAGAUGAUUUAAUUGAAGUAAAUGACACGAAAGAUGAUGAUUUUGAGAUAAAUAGAAAUAAAGGUGAUCAUAGUGAAAUAAGUAAGGAGAAUAAAAUUGGUGAGCUUCUAAAGAAAAAGGAGAAUACUUCUGAACUGAAUUUAAUUAAAGACAGUUCAAUUGAGGCGAAAACUAAGAUCAGUGUUGAAGAAUCAAGUAUAGACAAAAUACUUGAAAUUCAAAAUGCUGUUGACCUAAAUGAACCGCUUCCUCCUGGGACAGAAGAUUUACCUCUCUUGGAAACUUCCCUUGAGAAGAUCAAGAAAGAAACAGAGGUGAAACAAUUUCAAGAGUGUUUCUUUCAGUUCAAGAAACCAUCAACCGAUUUAUAUCUAGCAGACAAAAGUGGCAAGCAAAUAUCAACAAUUAUAGAUAGAAAACCUGCACAAAGUACUGCAAAUUUGGGUACUUUUGAUAAAACUGGAAUGGCGUCAAACAGUGUUGAAAAACAUCGAAGUAUUGAAGAAAAAUAUUCAAGAAAACCUCCACAAAGUGCUUCACAUUCAGGUACUUUAGAUGACACUGGAAUGGCUUCAAGCAAUCUUGAAAAAUAUAUAAAAAGUUUUGCAGAAAAGUAUCCAGGUUUUAAUACAAAUUAUCAAACUAUUGAUACAACAGAUCGUAGGAUGGUAUCUGAUUCAAGCAAAAAAGCAAGUUUUGUUGAGAAGACGAAAAGUAACGUGGUUCCUAAAUAUGGAAAAACAACAAGUUUUUCUACCAUGAAAAAUCCAAACACUUCCAGUUUUGAAGAAAAUUAUCAAAGUUUUGAAACAACUGAUAGUUGGAUGGGAUCUGAUUCAAGAAAAACAAGAACUUUUGUUGAGGAGAAGACUAAAAGUGACGUAGUUCCAAAAUCAAGCAAGAUUAAAAGCUUUUCUGCCAUGAAAAAUCUAAAAGCUGUACGGAAGUCUUAUCAACAUAGUAUUAAUAUAAAGUCCUAUCGAGGAAAGGCGUAUGAUGAUGAUCGGGAAGCAGCAAAUACCCGUUCUCGUCAAAAAGAAGCCAUACACGGUCAACACUGGACGGAAGCUGCAAACUAUGACACAAGACGCUAUGCUGACCCUAGGCCUAUUGCUCCAGUAAAGACUGAUAUUUCUCAGUUAAAAGCCAAUAUAUUUUCAUUAACUGGCCUUGAACUAUCCGGAACCUUGUCAGGUACAUCCUCAACCAAUCCCCAAUCCGCAUUUCCUAAACCCCUCUUCCCAGUCCUCUCAGGGCCCAAUCCUGCUGUUCCAUUUGACAGGCCUUUAUCCAGCCUAACACAAACAUCGAGCUUGUUUACGGGACCGUUGGUGUCUUCAAUGGAAACUAAUAGAGCGGGAAACGAAACGUUAGCAGAGCUGAUAACAAAGCUGGAAGAGGUGAAGAAACUAGCAGAGAUCGUCCAGUCAGAGCAGGUACGAGGUCCAAUUAGGGAGCCUGCCCCUUCAGCACAAUAUGAGCAAAAUAGGUAUGACAGCGAGAGACCGGAAUACCCUCCAGUGAGAUAUCAAGGCCAUGGACCUGAACAUGAAUACGAGCGAUAUGGCCAAAGGCAUGAUGUGGAAUAUGUGGAACCAGCCAGGCGCCUUCCACCAGACAACCCACAUUACGAUUACCGACCUUCAUUUCCGCCACAUAGACCUGAUCCUGAUGCGCCUUACCAUGCAAGACGAUAUGACCCUGAUCCAUAUAUGAACAAGGCAGAGGAAGCUUUUUAUGAUUCUCACAGGGCAUACCCUUCCCGUGGACGGGGCAGUCGUUAUCCAGAUUCCCUUCCUCCCAGAAGAGAUCCAUACGAUCGUAGACUGCCUUACGAUGAGCGACGGUUACCAUAUGAACGCCCGCCACCACACUAUCCCGAGUCGGACCCAUAUGAACGAGACUCCCACUACGCCCCAGUGGAGGUCUAUGAAUAUGCCAAUGCCCAUCCAGCUGAGUCCUAUCCCCUGGCGGGUCCUUCAAGCCAAGAACCUGGGCAAUACCAUGAUCGAAGGUUACCUGGCCAGUUCCAUGAUAUAAGGUCACAUGGCCAAUACCAUGAUCAAAUGGUACAUGGCCAUCAACAGAUGUCAAGUAACUCACCUCAGGGUGUAACCAGGGGAAAAAAUAAAACUACGUAUAUAGGGUAUGUAACAGAGACGACUAAAUUAUACGGGCCAAAAACUGUUAAGGCCACUGUGGUGUCUCGGAAAGGGCAGGUAAUGAGUGUUUCUGACCUUUCAAAUUGAACACUUUGGCAGAAAUGUGAACAAUUCAAGUUUUUGUUUUAAAAUCAAAUUAGAUGUUUAAUUUCAAAUUAAAAUGGCGUAACAGUUUCUAUUUUUGAAUAAUUUGGUUUUUUGUUAAGGACAUGUUUGUGUUGAAACGUGUACUUGUUAUUGGUUUUUCAUUCUGUUUGAUAAACAACCAAGAAGACUUAAGUAAUGUACACAGGUAAAGAUUGUAUAUUUCGUAUGAUUUAAAAAAAAAUUGCUAAUGAUUUGCUUUUAAUAGAUGUUUUCAGUACACUCAAAUAAAAAUAUUUAAGAAAUAAAUCUUUACAAUUAAUUAUUAUGUUUUAAUUUUAAAUGAUUGUCAUCAGAUUGUUCAUCACACUUUAUAUUUACAUUUAUAUGGUUCUUGAAGUGUUCUGAUCAUGUGUAAAUACUGAUUGAAGGUUUAAAUAUAAAACAGUAUGUCGGUGUCUAAUCUAACAUACAAUAAAGAGGGAUGUGAUCAAAGUCUCUUUAAAUGAAAUACCGAUUAUGUUUUCUGCGUGUUUAUUUUUGAAUUUUACGUAUAGAAUAGUUAUCAUUGUAAAAUGUGUUCUUUGUUUUGUGCUGUAACGAACGGAGGAAGGCUCUUACUUGUUUUUGAUGUUCAUUUUUAUUUGCAUGUUUCGUAUAAUCUUAAUGUUGUGUAUUAUGCAUACAUUUUUUCAUUGUUGUUUGGUCCAUUAUAUAUACUGUUUAUGACAAAAAAAUCAUGAACUUUUUCUGAUAAUUAAUGUCUUGACAUAUGAAAAUGCUUACCAGCAAACAAUUUUCCUCAUCAGUUUUUCUUAUCACCAGUGAAGUUUAUUUGUAUAAUCUAAGCUUAUACCUGUUGUGGCAUCAUUGAAACUCGGAUUCGGUUUGUAGGUUAACAUCAAACAGAUAUUGUGUUGCUUCAAGAGACAUCAGAAUGGUGUAACCUUGGUACUUGAAAUCUCCCCUUUAGUAUUUGUACACAAUUUAAUCAUUGUUUAAUUGUCAUAAAACUUGAGGCAAUUGCUACUUGCCUACAAAUAGUGGACAUGAACGGACGUUUUUGGUAUUAUUGAUCAUAAUAUUACCAUACUGAUUACUUUUGUAAAUAACACUUUUUUUGUAACUCAAUUCUGUUUAGCUUGGCUGUUUUCUGAGAAAACCCCGAGGUAUUGUCAUAGCCAGCUCGUCCACUGUCUGCGCCGUGCAAAAACCUUAAUAUUGGCUCUAAAAUCAAAGUGCUUCCACCUACAACUUUGAAACUUCAUAUGCAGCUGCAUUUGGAGGAGUUCUACACACCACACUCAUUUUUGGGUCACUAGGUCAAAGAUCACUGUGACCUCUAAUUUUCUUCUGACAAGGCUAGCUGUAAUUUAUUCAAAACUGCACCCGCAGCCGAGCGUUGGCACCCGCUAUGCGGUGCUCUUGUUUAUUUGUAUUUUGUUUGGAACCUAAUCCAACUAUGAAGUUCUGAUCUUUGAACAUUUUGUAUAUACGAGGGCAUGUUAGUACCAUAACAUCGUGGAUCAUACAUGGAAACAACAACACUAUGUACAAUAAGUCACUUUUUAUUUGAAAAUUUUCCAGCACUUUGCACAUGAAUGUAACAAAAAGGUACAUGAUUAAAAAUAUUAGAAAUAGAAAAAAUUAUAUAAGAGGUAUCUGUAAAAUUAACUUACAAAAUUAAUCUUUUACAUUUUAAAAGCUUAAAUUCACAACCAUGCAAAACAUUUUAAUUUCCUGAACACUAAUUUACAUUUCAUAAUAUAUAUAUAUAUUUCAAAUUUUGCGUAAUUAAUACCAGCUUAAAACAUGAAAUCAGUAACUAUUUUUAUUAAAUGUAUUGCAUUGCUUGAUUGUAUAUGGUAAAGAAAAAUAAAAUGUGUAUAUAUAAAAAUGCAUCAAUUGUUUCAUUAUACCAACAUCUCUGCAUGUGUGGUUUAAUAAAAAGUUGUUCUGACAUACAAAAUGGUUACAGUUUAGUCCAACAUGGAGAAAACAUUUCCAUAAGCAACAGUUGGUUCAAACGCUGUGGUCUCUUCAGUAAAUAAACUGUUAUUUUCAAUGAUAUUUACCAAACAAAUGUGCAUGAAUAUAAUUAUACAUGUAAUGUGCUUGUAUUACAAUAUAAAGUUGACUGCUGACACAUGAUUCUAAUCAUGUUGAUUAUGAUAACCUGCCCAAUCUAUAACAGUAUAGGAGCUGCGACAUACGAAAUGAGUCUCCUUGCUUACAAUAUAACAAUUAUUUAACUUCCCAAUCUGCACCAUUUAACCAUUUACCACUUAGUCCCUU